CGGACUGAGCGGAUCCGGAGAGAGAGAGAGAGUCCGCGGGUACGGGUUCCGUUAGCGCGCGCUCACCGUGAUCUAUAGAGAGAAACCGGGUGAAUAACGGAGAUUCCGGUAAACAUGCCCCGGACCAUCGCUCUGACCGGACCGGCACCGUGGGGGUUCCGCCUGGUGGGCGGGCGGGACUUCAGCUCGCCGCUGAUGAUCUCCAGAAUAACUCCCGGCAGUAAGGCCGCUCUGGGGGAUCUGUGCCCUGGGGACACCAUCCUGUCCAUCAACGGAGACAGCACUGACUCUAUGACCCACAUGGAGGCUCAGAACCGGAUUAAAGCGUGCACAGAUCAGCUGGUGCUGGACAUCAUCAGGUCUGAAAUGAAAGGCUCGUCCUUUUCUGUAAUAGACGACAACAAGUCCAGCCCGUACAUCACUACAUCAGAGGACGAAUCACAGAUCUUUCAGCCGAUCCACACUGGCAGCACUCCCUCUCCCACGAGCCUGUCCUCCAGAAGCCCAACCUCUUAUGCUCCCGUCAGCAACGGCAAUUCACGGCUUUUAACAAAUCCUAAACCAGCACUGCAGUCUCCCAGCAGCAACAACGGCUUCAAUACAGAGUCUGACGUCUACAAGAUGCUGCAGGACCCUGAAGUUCCUGCAUCUGUACCCAAACAGUCCGGCUCCUUUAAAUACCUGCAGGGAAUCCUGGAGGCUGAAAACGGAGGUUCUUCCCCGACGGACCGACCCGGAGUGAGGGGGGGGCAAUCCUCAGCCCGAUCCCCGGUGACCCGGCUGAGCAGCCCCGUCCUGAGCCCUAUCACCCCCCUGUCCGGAUUACAGAAACUGCCCCAGUGCACGCGCUGUGGGGAGGGCAUUGUUGGUACGAUUGUAAAGGCCAGAGAUAAGCUGUAUCACCCGGAGUGCUUCGUGUGUGACGACUGCAGCCUGAACCUCAAGCAGAGAGGAUACUUCUUCAUAGAGGAGAACCUGUACUGUGAGACCCACGCUAAGGCCCGGGUGCAGCCCCCCGAGGGAUACGACGUGGUGGCAGUGUACCCCAACUCUAAAGUGGAACUGUUCUGAUUUAUUAUAAUCACUUACACACACACACACUUACACACACUUACACACCAGCCUCUGCAUGAUGACCUGCUUUAGCGCACUUAACUUAACUUAACUCUGGUGUAAAAUGGACUUUUAUUGUAGUAAAACAUGAUAAAAGUUCUUAUCUUUGAUGAAUAGCACACCUCUGUUCUCCCACAGCGUUCAGAGAUCCAGAAAUUUUAACAGUUUAUCCAACAAACACCCUUCAGACUGGGAGAUACGGGACAUAAUUUACCCUGAAUUUACCCUUACUCGAAUGUGUGUUACGGAGGAGUGCUGGAAGGGGCGGAGCAUGAGAUUGUUAAAAAAAGGUUUUAAAAAAGAGUUUAAGGACUUAGUCGCUGCUUAACAGUAGAUUACAGUAAUGUAAAGGAGGUAGAGGUAGAGAUUCCUGAUAUAACUGGGUUAAUGUUCUCGUAAAAUUCAACCCAGCAUCCGUUUAAGGAUAUAGCCCCACCCUUUAACAAAACGAGCCAAUCAGCUUGCUGCUUACACAAGUGUUGCGAGUGGAGGAGGGUCUGUGUGGUGUUGGGAAAGCUCUCUCAGUGUGGAGAUCUGCGCAAGCGCAGCAGCCAGAACAAGCCGUAAAAAUCAAGUUUUCUGUACAUUAUUGAUCCAAACGCUAAAACUAAUCAUUAGGUUUAUAUCAGGUUUUAUCAGUAAUAGAAUAAUAACGGUUUAGAAUGAAAGUUUAGAAUAAAAUGUAACGUGACCAUGUUGUAGCACAGGACUUUGGUCAGUGUAACUGUAUCAAGCUUAAUUCUGUGUCGAGAAAAUAGAAAAUUGGGUAUAAAACUUAUUUUAUUUUUCAGUAUAGAGAAAAUUAAAUGGUUUUUCAUCCAAUAUUUCAAUUAUUUAGUUUUUCAUUUGAGCCUUUCACAAACACAAUUUCAAGAAAAAUUAAAAGUAGAUUUUUCUCUUAAUUUUCAGAUUUUUCUUUUUUUGUGUUGUGUAACACACAUCUGAUGUUUUAAUCCAACUUGCAAAAUGCAAAAAUCAGAAACAAAAAAUAAAACGUACUUGUUGUACACUGCACUACAUUUUAAAAAUAUAUAUUUUUUAAAAAGUGUUUUUUUACAUCCAUUUUUUAAAUUUCGCCUUUAGCCUCAAAUGGUCAGAAAAUGUAAUUAAUAAACAUUACACUGACCAACAUUAACAUUCCUGCUGGUACUUUUAAAUUCUGAAUGUCAGAAGCUUCACUCGCUCUCAGUGUGGAGAUCUGCGCAAGCGCAGCAGCCAAAACAAGCCUUAAAAUCAGGUUUUCUGUGCAUUAUUGAUCCAAAUGCUACAAUCUAAUCAUGAGGUUUAUAUCAGGUUUUAUCAGUAAUGUAAAAUAUGUUGUUGAAAUGCAAGUGGCCCACACUGUUGUGAGCAUUUAUACUUGUGCAUUGGUGUGUCUGUGUUGUUCUGCAGUUACACCGCAAAAAAGAAAAUGCUCAAUGGACCAAUCACAGUACCUAUAGGGGAAUGUGUAGGUUACGUGGCUAUGCAUAAGGUAUGUUUAUGGUACAGGUAGGGGAUGCAGCUACAUAUAUGGUACACGUACAGGGGUUGGACAAUGAAACUGAAACACCUGUCAUCAUUUUAGUGUGGGAUUUUAGGUUUCAUGUCUAAAUUGGAGCAGCCUGGUGUUCAAUCUUCAUUAAUUGCACAUUGCACCAGUAAGAGCAGAGUGUGAAGGUUCAAUUAGCAGGGUAAGAGCACAGUUCUGCUCUAAAUAUUACAAUGCACACAACAUUAUGGGGGACAUACCAGAGUUCAAAAGAGGACAAAUUGUUGGUGCACAUCUUGCUGGAGCAUCUGUGACCAAGACAGCAAGUCUUUGUGAUGCAUCAAGAGCCACGGUAUCCAGGGUAAUGUCAGCAUACCACCAAGAAGCACCAACCACAUCCAACAGGAUUAACUGUGGAUGCUGUAAGAGGAAGCUGUCUGAAAGGGAUGUUCGGGUGCUCACCCGGAUUGUAUCCAAAAAACAUAAAACCACGGCUGAUCAAAUCACGCAGAAUUCAAUGUGCACCUCAACUCUCCUGUUUCCACCAGAACUGUCCGUCACCACAAUCAAUUAUUGUGCUCUAAAACCAGGUGUUUUAUUUAGUUUCAUUGUCCAACCCCUGUAAGCUAAGCGUAGGGUACAUGGCUACGGAUAGGGUACAUAUUUGGUACGCAUAGGUUUUUUUUGUAAUAUAUAAAAUCCUUUACAUUUUCUAAAAAUCAUCAGAGCUCCUUAUAAUCCGGUGCUCCUUAUGUAUGAAUUCUAUCAGUCAGGUAUUAAGGAGCAGUAAAGACACUCCACUGAAGUACAGAGUUAUAAUGGUGAUUUUUCAGUGAAGUUUCUCCAGCACCAAGGCUGGAGCAGCAUUAGCAUUAACCGCCCUGGGUUACCGGAACACACUGGGCCGCAUUUAAAUCCUGCUAGCUCUGUGGUUAGCGGCUAAUGCUGCUGCACCUAGCCUUAGUGCUGGAGAAACUUCACUGAAAACUCACCCUGAUAUUUUCUGACCGCUUUACUUUCAUCAUGGCUGCCGAGUGAAUAAGGUGCAUGGUUUUGGUUACUGGUCCCUUUGUUUUAAGUGUUUUUUAUUCAGUUUAGAAUAAAAUUGAACGUGACCACUUUGUUGCACAGGACUUUGGUCUGUGUAACGUUUAGCAGUUUAAUUUUCGGACUGUAUCAAGCUUAAUUUGAAAAUUGGGUAUAAAACUUCAUUAUUUAUAUUUUUCCAUUCAGUACAGAGAAAAAGGAAAUGUCUUUUCAUCCUAUUUAGUUUUUCACUUCGGAAUUUCAAGAAAAAUUAAAAGUUGAAUCUUUCGAUUUUCAGAUUUUCAGUCCUUUUUGUGUCAUUUAACACAAAUCUGAUGUUAUAAUCCAACAUGCAUAAUUGGAAAAAUCUGAAAAUAAAGAAAAGAUUUUUUUUUUUUGCAUUUUCAAUAUGAAAAGAUAAAAAUGGAUAAAUGGAUAAAACAUACGUAUGUAUUGUACACUUCACUACAUUAAAAAAAUAUAUUUUUAAAAAAUCUGUUUUUACAUCCAAUUUUCUAAUUUCAUAUUUAGCCUAAAACGGUCAAAAAAUUAAAUUAAUAAACAUUACACUGAUCGAUGUUGACGGUCCUGCUGAUACUUUUAAAUUCUGAAUGUCAUUCCAAGUUUCCACAAACUUUCCAGCUGAAACAUGAAAGGAGAAGAAAAAAAAUCACCUUUUGAUCAUGUUACGCAAAAUUAAUGUCUUAUUUUUGUUGUUUUGUGUGUUUUAUCAUUAUACAGCAUUGUUACAUUUCUGUCAGUUCUGUUUGAACAUAUUCAGUUACAGCAAUCAAUCAUUUACAUCAAACAAAUUUUGCUUAAUUUGAUACAUUUUAACUAAGAUUUUUUUAAAUAAUGUUUUGAUUUUUGCGUGUCCUAAAAAUCAACUGACUGAGAUAACUGAUGCUUACUCUGUGUGUGUGCUUCCCGAAAAAAAAAAAUAAUAAUAAUAAUACUUAUUUAUGUUGAUUUUAAGUUGAGCUCAUGAGUGAAAUCAGGUUUGUAGUUUGUUAAAUCUGUGAAAAGAUGAAGAUGAAGUGUGUGUUCAGAUGAAGUAGUGUGCAGUAGUGUGCAUUUUAACACUGUGCUGGCCUUUUUACUAGUUUUACUUUUAUUUUUAUAUAUCUUGUGUAUAUGUGUGUUUCUAAACUCCACCCCUGUCUUUUUCCAGCUAAUGAUGAUGAUGAUGUUGAUAAAAAUAAUAAAAUGCUAAUUGAUUUUU